CUAUCCGGCAAGGCCGUAUCAUAAGUGACAACUGACAAUUGCUUUAAGCGCUGAAUCCGAUUGCCGGCAUUUGUUUUUAUCGGACAGCGAUUGUUCCGAUACUCGUGCCUUCGUCGUUUCUUUGUAAAAUUACCUCUGCAAGUAAAUUUGCACAAUUUAGCAGUAAAUAAAGUUGGGAAAUGACGAAUGAAACCACAAAUGCCGCUGACCGACUUAAGCUCGGUCCGCGUGAAAAUGUUACGUAUCCCAUAGUAAUGAAAUAUUGCGGACACUGCUCCAUGCCAAUAGAGUACUGCGAAUACUAUCCCGAAUACGACAAAUGUAAGGAAUGGUUGGAGCGCAAUCUGCCCGAUGAUUUCGAGCGCCUUAAAAUUGAGGAAGAGCAGGCAGCUGCUGAUGGCACAGACGAUGACAAGAAGCGUCAAAAACGGGGCGGCAAGGGUCUGCUGCGCGUUAAAAAGAAGGAAGAUGUCCCCAAACGCAUUUGUGUCUCCCGUGCUGCCCGCGGCAAAAAGAAGUCGGUGACAGUGGUUACCGGAUUAAGUACCUUUGAUAUCGAUCUGAAAGUGGCUGCCAAGUUUUUUGGUACGAAAUUCGCUUGCGGAUCGUCAGUGACUGGAGAUGAUGAAAUUGUCAUUCAGGGCGAUGUUAAAGAUGAUUUGUUUGAUGUUAUCCCCGAAAAAUGGGCUGAGAUUGAUGAGGAUGUUAUUGAGGAUCUUGGCGAUCUGAAGCGUUAAUCGAAAAUAUAGCUGCCAAUAGCAAUUAUUGUCCUGCUUAAGAAGUGUGCUUAUUUUAUACGCAUAUUACUUCAAAUAAAAAAUGAUUUAAUCUCUAGUA